GAAGCCUUGCUCAAAGGUCGUCGUAACAGUGCUCAGCUAUUGCGAAGCCUACCCUAUAAUGGCUCUUGGACCCCGCGCAGGUCCAGCUUGCAUGUUUUGCAGAUGCAACCUUCCUGCAGGCGCUGCGACAACCACAACUCAUCACCGCCCGCGAUACACUAUCAUCACAUGACCCAACAAUCGAUAGGAUCUUCGCCGCGCGACAUCCGAGAUUUGUCAAUCGCCAGGCAGAUUAUCCCAAUUCUCUCGACAUAUUUGCGGUGGAUCAGAAGUUGGCUCCGUGUCCGAACUGGCCUCUAACUUAGUUUGCUGGAACCGGUGUAGCUGGGCAAGCUCCUUCAGACACUCCCACCCAUUGCCGCGCUGUCAACCCAGAAAUGGCCGGAUCCAGAAAGCGCAAGCACGCCGAUUGCUCGGACGACGAAAGUCCUGUGAAAACCAAUCCAGACACAGGGAAUGGCUUCGGAAUCGCACAGACCCUUGCCUCCAUUCAGAAGUCGGCAUCGGAAUCGAACGAGAACAACGACAACUCUGCGACGUCCGACGCCGGGGCCGAUAAGGCGCAGAAGGGAGCUCAGCGACCAAGCAAGAAGAAGCGCGUGGAUGGCGUCAAGACCAAGUAUCCCGUCCUCACAUACGUUGAAGGGCGAUUACAAUCAUCCAUCCGGAUCGCAGACCUACAAAGUCUGCUUCUCUACUGUUUCGCCGAUGGCAUUGCACCACAAUGGAUCUCCAUCAAGCACUCCGGCUACGUUCGAAAGAUUGUGGUGGUGAUGGUUCCUGGCCUGGAGCUUGGGAUGCUGGAUGGAUCUAUACCGCUGGCAUCGGAGGAAGCUAGCGAACAGAUGGACGUGGAUAAGGAUACAGAAUCUGCGGAGAAACAGGAGGAGGAUCCCAAGACGGCGGACUUUGCCCGGUGGAAGCAAGGCUUGCCUCUGGAGGAUCGCUCCCAUCGGUUCAACCCGCGGCCGUUGACGCGGGAGAGUCUCCCAGAGCCUUUGCAGUCGUUGGCCGAUAUGUUCCCUCAUGCUUGGCCGGUGAAGGCGCCUGGAGACACGAAGUACAACAAAGUCCACUCGCCGCUCCAGGCGAUGCUCCUCACGCCACUACCGAAGAACAAGGAGAGUAACAACACAAAGGGUCCAAAACCGCCGAGGGUGGACAAGAACCAGGCCUCCCAGAGAACGCCGAUCACUACAUUUAUCAGUUCCGUCGCGGAUCUGCGCGAAAACGACUACGUCCUACAUCCGGCUCUCAUGGCCAACGAGCAAGAGAGGUUGAAUCUAGCAGAGAGCCGCAAGCGAGCCGGUCAAUCCGCCGAGGAUGGAUGGGUUGACACCCACGUUGAAAGUCUCGAGGCUGGCCAGGUACCGGAGGCUGAGAUCCAGCAGGGAAGCAUGACCGCUGGACGGGACGUACUGGCGCUGGACUGCGAAAUGUGUAUCACGGAGGGGGGCCAGUCCGAACUCACGCGGAUCAGUCUGGUGCGCUGGGACGGAGAGGUCGUACUCGACGAGCUCGUGAAGCCACAAAAGCCCAUAAUCGACUACCUCACUCGGUUCUCCGGCAUCACCAAGGAGAAGCUCGACCCCGUCACGACCACCCUCGCCGACAUUCAGGAGAAGCUCCUCACCAUCCUUACUCCCCGAGCCAUCCUCGUCGGCCACUCCCUCAACUCCGAUAUGAACGCCCUCAAGAUGACCCACCCCUUCAUCGUCGACACCACUUUCAUCUACCCCCACCCGCGCGGCCCGCCCCUCAAAUGCAGCCUGAAGUGGCUCACUCAAAAAUACAUGGGCAAGGAGAUCCAAAAGGGCCAAACCGGCCACGACUCCAUCGAAGACGCCCGCGCCGUGCUCGAGCUCGUCAAGCAGAAGUGCGAGAAGGGCGAGCGCUGGGGCACGGGCGACAACUCCAACGAAAGCAUCUUCAAACGUCUUGGCCGCUCCACCCGGCCUGGCAAGCACACCCCCUCAACCAACAACAACACCAACAAUGAUACCCCUGAAGGCCGCACCGGCGCCGUCGUCGACUGGGGCAACCCCGAGCGCGGCUUCGGCGCCCAGGCGACCGUCGCCAUCGGCUGCGUCGACGACAACGACGUCGUCAACGGCAUCGCCUCCGCCGUCAACGGCGACGAGACCCACCCUUCCAUCCCCGGCGGCGGCGUGGACUUCACCUGGGCGCGGCUGCGCGAGCUCGAACUCCACCGCGGCUUCUGUAAUCGUCUCCCCGACCCCAACAAUGCCAACGAAUCGACCGCCGUGGUUCCUGCCGCCGAGGAAACCACAGCAACACCAACAACAACGUCCAGUGACGCCGCAGCAGCCACAAGCACGACGGCAUCACCCUCCGAGGAGAAAACACAAGACCACCCAGCACCGACGCCACAGUUAUCGGACGUGGUCAGCCGCACGGUCGCGAAUCUCCAGCGCAUCUACGACGCCCUCCCGCCCUGUACCUUGUUCAUGGUCUACUCGGGCACCGGGGACCCGCGCGAGGUCAGCCGUCUGCAGGCGAUGCACAAGCUGUUCCGCGAGGAGUAUAACUCCAAGAAGCCAUGGGAUGAGCUCAGUGUCAAGUGGACGGAUACGGAGGAGCAGGCGCUCAAGAAGGCCUGCGAGCGCGCCCGCGAGGGCUGUGGGUUCAUGUGUGUAAAAUAACCUCUGUGUGUAUGGACGUGUGUGUGUUUCCCGCUCAUCUCGGGUAGGUUGGCGCCUUAGGAUAGUGAAAAUCGGAGCUUGGAUCUCGAAUCAUUAUAUCUACCUUGGGGUGGAAUAUCA